AUGUGCUAUGUCAACAAACAAGGUGGAAUGGCGUCGGUGUCCCUUUGCACCGAAGCAAUGAAGUUGUGGCAGUGGGCCCAAGAACGCUCGAUGUGGCUGCAGGCUGUGCACAUACCAGGGGUGUCGAACUCAUUGGCAGACCAUUUGAGCAGGCUGCAAGGGGAUCAACACGAGUGGUCUCUCCAGGAAGAGUACCUUCUACCUGUGUUUGCGAUGUGGGGGUCCCCAGAUAUAGAUCUUUUCGCGACGGAGGAGAACUUCAAAGCUCGAGACUAUUGCUCCAGGGGAGGAUUUGACUCUAACCAGCAUUCAAAUAAAUUAGUCCAUUCAGAUCAUCGGAGCAUCAUGUCUUAUGAUAGACUAGCUGAAAAAGACGAUUUCAUUUUAAGUGAAACCAGUUCAUCUGAACAAACUAUCCAAGUAACUUCACAUAUGUUAAGGAAAUCAUCCAGAAAAAGAAGAUUUAUUACUAGGAAGCAAACCACUUCAAAGAAUUAUUUCAAUGACUCGUCAUUUAAUUACAUAUCACUUUCAAGUAUUAACCGAAGAGACAUUUUUGGUCAAACCUUAUUGCAUAGAGCAGUUAUAAAAGAUGACCUAGAUCACAUAUGCGCAGUUAUAAAAGCUGGUGCAAAUGUAAAUGCUCAAGACUACGCAGGGUGGACUGCUCUUCAUGAAGCCAGUUUAGCUGGUUUUUUUGAAGCAACAAAUGAACUUUUAAAGGCAGGAGCUGAUGUUAACUGUAAAGGACAUGAACAAGUAACACCAUUACAUGAUGCAGUUAAAGAGGGUCACUACAAGGUGGCAGAGUUGCUCCUUUGGUAUGGGGCUGAUCCGUUAUUCAAGCAUGAGAAAGGGAAGUGUGCCUUAGAGGAAGCUACUGGAAAGCAGAUGAGAAAACUACUGGAAAGUUACAUAGCUAAGUCUAGUAGAAGAUCAGUAUCAGACAGCUCACAUUCUAAGGAAAAGGAGAUGCUUUUUUCCAGUCAGCAAUUGAAUACUAAAGCAGCCAGAAUAAACAAAACAAAUAGUAAAGGAGAAACGUGUUUGCAUUUGGCAGCCAAAAAAGGAAAUUUGUCUUUAAUGAAGUCUUUAAUAGCAUCUGGAGCAUGUGUGAAUCAAAGAGAUAAUGCAGGCUGGACAGCAAUUCAUGAAGCUUCCAUUGGGGGUUUUGUUGAGAUUAUCUCAGAACUGCUAAAAGCAGGUGCUGAAGUGAACAGCAAGAGUCUGGAUGGUGUAUUGCCAAUUCAUGAUGCUGUUUCAGGCAACCACUUUGAGGCAGUGCAGUUUCUACUGGAUCAUGGAGCAAACCCUAAUGAGACAAAUAACCGUGGGAAAAAUGCCAUGGAUGAAGCCACCUGUGAUAAAAUGAAGGAACUUCUUGAGUCUUAUGGUGCUACUGGAUCCAAAAAGACAAGGAUGAAUGAUGUUGCUGAUGCCUGCAGGAUGCGGUGGGGUUGCUGUGGGGCACACUGCACCAGGCGUGCCUCUCCCCGAGUGCCUGCCUACCUCUCUCUGCAGUCUCCUGUGCUGGACUGGCAUGAAUCCAUCUGUAAACUAUUGCAGGAUAUAGAAAAGAAGCAGAAUAAACUUUUACUCUUUGAAUUAAGAAGCCAAAGAGAUGCAGAUCUGUAUAUUCAAGACCUAUCACAGAUACAGAGCAUUCUGAAUGAAGUACUUGCCAAACAGAAGUCAGAAAGGGAUGACCUUGCUAAAAAAUACAGAGCUUCUGUGAAAUCUUUUGAACAUGGAGCACUGAGGGAACAACUAAUUAAGCUUGUUUCCAGACAAAAGAGCCUUCUGCUUAUGGCACAAAAACAAAAAGAAUUAGGCCAGAAAAUACAAAAUUAUAAGAAGGCAAAGAAAGACUUUGAUUCUGAAAAUCAAUUAAACUUCAAACGAAACAGAAGGAAAAAAAAUCAACUACUAGAUCUGCUUGAACAAGAAAAGAUUAAGCCAGGAAAUGAUGUUCUAGAAUUCACACUUCAGGAAUCCAAAUAUAAAGCCAGCCUUUUAGGAAAUGGCAAACUCAAAAUGGGCAACAACACAAUUUAUGAGAAUCCAGUUCAAUGGAUUAAAGCACUUUUGGGAAAUGAUAUUCCUGUAAACUGGAAAUACGUGUGGAAUAAGGUAGGCUUCCUGUAUUUCAUGUCAGCCCCAUGGGCACACUACAUAACCACCAGCGGGCACGCCCAUGUCCCCAGGUCUCUGCCCAGCUUGGGCACCCAGGAGCAUGGCUGA